AUGCCACCAAAACGCAGAAGGUCCAAUUUGGACUGUCUAACGAUUUAUGCUAUAACCAUGCGAAAUAGAAGAGCCCGUAGAACAGACGAACAAAUUCAGCAAGACAAUUUAAAUCAGCGCGUGAGAACGGCGCAAUUGCGGGAAUCACAGUCGCAAGAAGCACGUGCUAAACGAUGUCAGCAAAGACGAUUAGAACAAAGACAAGCACGCUGGUUCACAAUUAACACAAUCAGAUUAAAUGACCUACAACGCCAACAAGUACAUCAAGAAUUUAUAUCCCAUUCAUUCCUUCGUCUAGCAUUCCAUUAUGAGCCCGAUAUUGAAUAUUACUCUCAUUUGAAAGUAAGUAUUGGUGCUAUGGACAGAGAAUGUCCGCAUUGUAAUGCGUUGAAGUUAAAAAAUGAGCAACCCGGGAUGUGUUGCGCGUCAGGAAAAGUGCAACUACCGGCUAUUGAAACACAACCAGAACUAUUGAACAAUUUACUUAUCAAUACGCAUCCAGAUUCUAACCUUUUCUUAAAGUCAAUUCGAACAUUCAAUUCAUGUUUCCAAAUGACAUCGUUUGGAGCUACUCAAAUAGUACAAAAUUAUGGUGAGAAUUGUCGACUAUUUAAUUCAACAUUUAAAAUCAAAGGCCAAGUUUAUCACAAAAUAGGCUCAUUGCUACCAAUGCCAAAUGAACCACAUAAAUUUUUGCAAAUAUAUUAG